AAUGAAAACGGACUGAUUUCCCCUUGAAUUUGGUGCCUUUCGCCGUUGGUUCGAUCUGUGCAAGUGAGCGCAUUGUGGUUGUGCUUCCGUCAUCCUUUCUUCUGCCGAUGGUCCGCGAUCGAAUGUGGAAGUUAUUAGAAUGAAAGUCACGGUGAAAAGCUGGAUGGGUGUCGCUGUCUGGAAAUGGCUGGCGAACGAUGACAACUGCGGUAUCUGCCGAAUGGCUUUCGAAGGCUGCUGCCCCGACUGCUCGCUUCCCGGGGACGACUGUCCGCUCGUUUGGGGCGCCUGCUCGCACUGCUUCCACGUGCACUGCAUCGUGAAGUGGCUCAAUUCGCAGGCCAACCAGCAGUGUCCCAUGUGUCGGCAGGUCUGGAAGUUUAACGAUAAGUAGAGCCCCGCAACGGCGGUGGGCUGUGGUGCUAGAGUGACCGAUGUGAUGGCCACAGGGACUAAUGCACCGAGAUUCACGUGAGGCAAUAGACUAGCAGUGAAGAGUGGCAAGCGUGCCGAGUGUAUUCGUUUUAGAGUAGGCACCACGGAAAAUUCGCGUCCGUUUUUGGCCAUAUAGUUGAUAAGGGAGGGUGUCGCGGUGUCGGGUGUGCUGUGCGAUUAUUAGUCACAAGAGUGCUUAGCUGGUUGUAACGUGCCCGGUCGAAACGAUCGGUUUCUGUGCGACCGGCGUGUCCAGUAAUUCCUGACUCGGAGUCAACACGGAUUU